AUGGUGACUAUCGCGAUCCUAUCCCGGGGGAAAUGCGGUCUGUCCAAGUGUAUCACUCGCUACCUGGUGGGCAUGGCGGUGACGGAUCUCCUGGUCCUCAUCACGGCGGUGAUACUAAACCGGAUGAGUGCGAUUUAUUUCCCUGUGUUCUUUCUCUCCACCACUCCGGUCUGUAGCCUGAAAAUCGUUUUAAUCUACGCGGCCAGAGACAGCUCGGUUUGGCUCACCGUCGCGUUCACCAUCGAUCGCUUUGUAGCCAUUUGUUGCCUGAAAUGGAAGGCAAGAUAUUGCACCGAGAGGGUGGCAGGCGUGAUUAUAGGAACAAGCUGCGUUGUGAGUUGUAUCAAAAACCUGCCGUGGUACUUUGUUUAUGAGCCUUUGUACAUACUUAAGGGGGCCCCUUGGUACUGUAACAUUAAAUUAAGCUUUUAUUCAGAACUGUUGUGGACUAUAUAUGACUGGGUCCACCGCUUUCUGAAUCCCUGGUUGCCCUUCUUCCUGAUGUUGCUAGUCAACGCUCUGACCGUCAGGCACAUUCUGUUGGCGAACCGAGCCCGCAGGAGACUCCGAGCCCAUAACGCCACGGACAAGCGGGAUGAUCCGGAGAUGAGGAGCCGAAGAAACUCAAUCAUACUGCUCUUCACCAUCUCGGGGAGUUUCCUGCUGUUGUGGACGACUUUUGUCGUGAAUUUCCUCUUCGUGCGAUUUACCAAGAGCAAUUACUCGACGGGUUCGAACGCCAAUGACCCGCGGUUCAUUCUUCAGGAGAGCGGGAAUAUGCUGCAGCUUCUGAGCUGCUGCACCAACACAUGCAUUUACGCCGGAACUCAGAGGAGAUUCAGGGAGGAGUUCAAAAAUGGUUUGAAGUAUCCGCUGAAUCUGAUCAGGAAACUGUUAAGGUCGUGA